CUUCCGAGAGCCCCACUGGAGAGAGGCCCUCGCGCUCCGCGCAGACAGGCGAAUUUCUGUGCCGCAGUCGAUUUUGCGCUUCGAUUCUCCGCGACGCGAAGCUGGGAUGCCUUCGGGUUGCGAGCACCUGCAAUCCAUCGUGCGUCUCGGAAUUCGUGCGCCGAUUCGACGACGUCCUGUUUCGUAGGAAGUCAGGUGAAGGACUCGGCUUGCUGUUGUUCAUGGGGAUGAAUGCGCAGGCUGGCGUCGAUGAUAAGAUUUUCCUUGUAACGAUGCGAAGCUCGUGGUCUGGUAACGCGAAUGCUUAGACAGGAUUCGGAGGGCGGGAGUCUCUGAUAUGUAAGGGGCAGAAACGGGGGGACGAGCAGAUAAGCCCAGAAAUGCUUGCGUUAUCAGAGAGUUUUACCAGGUCCGUCUUGGACAUCUCGACAUCUUGCACCCCUGGAAUUGCGCGAAGUAGUUUUCCCCUUUCGUUUUGUCAUCUCAAGCUCAAACCUAAGAAGCGACCCCGCCUGUCUCUCAGGCCUCACGUCAAUGCCUCAAGCUGUGGGUGGGAUGGAAGAGGAUUUCUUCAAUCGCACCAACGGGAGAGCUGUUCGCAAGACGACAUGAUUCUUCUAGAACGUGCUCUGCUCAUACCAGAGCAUCCUCCCUCUUAGCUCAUGGAAGUAGACCUGCUGUUAAGCCGCCUGUAGAUACUAGCGACAUCGGUUUAGGGCCCUCGGUAUCGAAACCAGAUGCAGACGUCCAGCAGUCAGUGUAGCCCACUGUUGAAGCUCCACAACAAAUACCGGAAGCGGAAGAUGAUGAAAGUGUCGGAGAGAGAGAGAAACUGCGGCGCCAAAGGAUUGGCCUGGCUCACAAGGGGAAGGUGCCUUGGAAUGAGGGCAGGCAACACAGUCCAGGUGAGUGCCCUUGCAAACUCCUGAAAACAUCCCUUACCUGGAUUCAGCUGUCCAGCUGUCGAGGCACUUUGCAAUACACCGCAGUUACUCACUACUAUAUCACCCAGUCAUUUGAUGUAAUAAUGGUUGCCUCUACCCACGAGGUAAAAGGCCAGGGAAUGUUCCAAAGUCUCCAAAGCUCAAUUGUUCAUUCACCUUCCGGUGUAGAUCACAAGAUCCUAUACCUUCGAUUACAGACGGGCUUUUGCUUUUUGAGCUGUCCUCUACCCGCAUUGCGUUACUCUGCAUUACCACAGAGCCAUCCAAAAGGAGCGAUAUUGGCCUUAUUUUUUUAUUGAAAUUGAAGCAUCAAGGACAUCGAAAACCAAUGUACCAGCCCAAGUGUUUAUCGGGAGGGGUAAGCAGUCAUGAGCUCAUCCCUAUGGAUGUAGAGAAAGUAAUAGCUGAGGGCAUCGUGCGAAGUUAAGACCGCGCACCCUAGAGAUUCUACCUAAUCAUCGCGGGCACCUUUGAGAACACCCAUAAUGACCUUCUGGAAUUCCUAAAGAUUGAGCCUAAAUGACAGGCCGAACCCUUGGGAGGAUUGAGUUCAAAUCUUAUGUAAGUCUUCUAGUUAUGAGUUCAAAUCGUUCGCAAGUUUUUUGGCGUUUUUAUAAGUAAUUGUUAUGAUUAAAUAAAUGUAUAUAUUUAUUUGCGACGGG